GUAUUAAGGUUUUAGCAUACUCUGUUUCUCUCUCUACAGUAGUCGCAGUAAAAGCUUGAAACCUCUUCCGUGUCCCGACAAAUGGCAGAGAAGACGCACGAUGGCUACGCCGCCGAGAGAGAAGCCAAAGAAGCGGUUGAAGCGGCGGAAGAGACGGCGGAAAAGGACGAUAUCGAGUCACGAAUUACUACCGCUAUGCGCUCUCGCGUUGGCCACUUCAAGGAACAAUCCGAUUCAUUGACAUUCGAGGGAGUUCGGAGAUUGUUAGAGAAAGACCUGGGGUUAGAGACGUUUGCAUUGGAUGUUCACAAGAGAUUCGUCAAGCAAUGCCUGUUAAAGUGUUUAAAUGAUGGCAAAGAUGAUGAAGAAUCCAAAAGUUCUGGUGAAACAGUGGAGAAAAAUGCAAGUACAAUCACUGAAGGGACAGAAUCUCCCAAAGGACGGCAAGCUAAGAAAAAUAUAAAGAAACCUUGCUCUGAAGAUGACAAAUUGGAAGAAUCUCCAGUUUUGGGCCUUCUAUCCGGAAAAAAAACUAUGAAGACUGACGAUAAAGAAAACAAAGAAAUUUCUGUUAGUACAAUAAAGAAAGCUGUCAGAAAUAGAGCUUCAUAUGUUGAAGCUAAUUCGGAUAAAGUCACAAUGGCUGGACUCCGUCGGCUUUUGGAGGAAGAUCUUAAACUCGAUAAAUAUGCACUUGAUCCAUACAAGACGUUCAUAGCUGAACAAUUGGAUGAGGUAUUGAAGUCUCGUGAAGCUUCUGCUUCUGCAAGUGAGGUUAAGGAAAAAAAUCUCGAGAAAGUUUCUCAGAGCAGAACUUCUAAAAAGGUUAGCAGGAAAUUGAGUUCCUCAUCGGGAAGCGAGAAUGAUGAAGAAGAGGAAGAGGAAGAGGAAGUGAAACCCAAAAAAAAGACAACUCUUAAAGGGAAGGUUAAGAACUCUGAAGGGCUAAAAAAGCGGAAGUUACCUAAAAAAGAGGCACAGAUGCCUUGCAAGAAGAGAAGCAAGCAUAUGGAAUCAAAUUCAGAUGAUGAUAGCAAUAAGGAAGACAGUGGGAGUGUCUCUGAUGAUAGUCACUCUCGAUCUUCUGCUGCAAAGGCAAGAAAAGAUACGUCUGCUCCAGUGUAUGGGAAACGUGUGGAACAUCUGAAGUCUGUUAUCAAGUCAUGUGGGAUGAGUGUUCCUCCCUCGAUCUACAAGAGAGUCAAACAGGUCCCUGAGAAUAAACGUGAAGCCCAAUUAAUUAAGGAACUAGAGGAGAUUCUUUCCAAAGAAGGAUUGUCCGCAAAUCCUUCAGAAAAAGAUAAUGGUGAUGAAGCUGGUGAUGAUGGCAACAGCCAGAGUGAAGAAUCAGAAGAAGCUUUGUGCACUAUUAAAUCUGCAAGUAAUAUUGUGUCAAGUUCUCGUAGAAGGUCCACAUCCAGUUUUGUUCCUCCACCAAAACCCAAAAUACCUGAUGUGAGUGAUGAUGAUGAAAGUGAAGAAAGUGAUGAGGAUGACGGCAAUGAUGACGAUGAAGAUAAUGGUGAUGAAGAAGCUGGUGAUGAUGGCAACAGCCAGAGUGAAGAAUCAGAAGAAGAAGAAGACGGCGACAGUGAUUGAAUCCUGCAUAAGUUUACACUUGCAAGGCGGUGACUCUUUAAUGAACUGUUAAAUUAUGAUGCUAUAGUAUGUAUCUGAGUUUAAUUUCCUACUGAUACUUUGUAGCAUACGUGGUGUGAUGCUUAGUCCUUGAUAGAAAAAUUAGCUUCAAUAGUUUUUGAUUAA